CGGAAGUGAGCCACGGCUUGCUCACAAAAGAGAUGACGAGCGGCAUCGGGAAACACAAGAUCCUGAACGUGGGGCCGACUGAGCCAUGGUCCAUCAGAGAGAAGCUGUGCCUGGCCUCUUCAGUCAUGAGGAGCGGAGACCAAAACUGGGUGUCUGUAAGUCGAGCCAUUAAGCCUUUCUCAGAGUCGGGACGACCUCCGGACUGGUUCUCCCAAAAACACUGUGCCUCUCAAUACUCUGAGCUGCUGGAAGCCACAGAAGCACCAAAGCGAAAACGUGGAGAGAAGGGAGAAGUGGUGGAGACCAUUGAAGAUGUGAUUGUGCGGAGGCUGACCACUGAGAGGAUUGAGGAGCUGAAGAAGCUGCUCAGAGACACACAGGAGCAGUAUAGAAAAUUGAAGAAAGAGGUUGACCUAAUACAGGCAGGUCACAUGGACUCACAGUUGAAGGAGCUGCUCACAGAAAUCACACUAAAGAAGAAACAGGAUGAGGAGGAGGCAGAGCAGAAAAGGAAAGCUACGGAAAUGGCCUACCAAGCUCGUCAGGCCAUUAAAAACACGCCCAAGCGCCUUCCCAGCGUCACAGUGCGAUCACCUUUGGGUGCCAGUCCCACCUCUCUGGACUCUCAGACCGACGCCUCUGUCCCCACUCCCCCCAUGGACACAGGAGGUGUCCCAUCUGAAGACACUGGACACCAUAAUGUUGCGCAGGGAGUGGGGGUGUUCUUGCCCUCUGACCCCUCUGGACCUAAAGAGGGAACUCUGGCCGCUCUCAUGGACGACUCUCCUCAGAAGAGGCUCCUUGCUCAGAAGGCCACGCCCCCUCCCUCUCCUCUGCUGUCCGAGCUGCUCAAGAAGGGCAACAUCAUCUCUGCAAGUCCCAGAUUGGUUUCAGAUGGUGACGCCUCUGGAAACCUCACAAAUGGAGUCCAAACUGCCACAGCCACAGUGUUACCAGCUGCUCAUGACGUCAUAGCAGAGGCAGAUGCGGAGGUGAAAGCGGAGCUGGGUGAGGACACGGGUCUGGGGGAGGAGGACCUGGUCGCCGUGUCGUACAUGGGAGACGAGCUCGACCUGGAGACGGUGGGAGACAUCAUCGCCAUCAUUGAGGAGAAGGUGGAUGACUCUGUGGAGGCGCUGGAUGCUGCUGCAGUCGAAGCCGCACUGUCUCUGUGUGAAGAGGCCCAUGCUCUGCCCGGACCCUGGGACACACAGCCCGCAGACCACCCCGAAGUCCCAGUCCAGGACCCCAUCCAGGACCCUCCCCCCGGGGCUGCCAUGACAACAGCAAGCACCCAAACAUCAACAAUAACGGACUUAGAAGCCACGCUCCAACCUGAGCCCAAGACAGAAGAGCAGGUGAAGAUAGAGAGCGAAGGAGCGGAGGUGACGGGAAGUGAUGUCACCUCUGAGCACGGACAGACAAGAAGUGAUGUCAUGGAAGAGGGCGGGGCAGAAGGGAAAGAGGUGGCGGAGGCGACGGUGAAGAGUGAAGGGGAGGAGUGGAGCCAAACAGAAGCAAACCCCCCAUGUUUAGAUUCUGAAGACAGCUCUGUGUCGGGAAGAGAGUCCAAGGAGGUGAAGGAGGAGGAGGCGUGCAGUGAGGCGGACCCUGACGACGGCUCUGAGCUGAAGGAGGAGGGCGCAGACGGGUCGUACCUGUCGGAGGUGGAGCCGGCGGCAUCUGAGAGCGAAGACGGAUACGGCACCAACUCCCAGAGAUACACUGCUGACUCGCUCGCCAGCAGCCCCGCAUCCUCCUCACAACUGUCGACGUGUGGUGAGGACCAGGAGGCUGUGCAGGCUCAGAAGAUCUGGAAAAAAGCCAUAAUGUUAGUGUGGAGGGCAGCAGCCAAUCACAGAUAUGCCAGUGUGUUCCUGCAGCCAGUGUCAGACGAUAUUGCUCCAGGAUACCACAGCAUUGUCCACAGACCCAUGGACCUGUCGGCCAUAAAGAAGAACAUAGAGUCUGGAGUGAUCAGGACCACAGCAGAGUUCCAGAGGGACAUAAUGUUGAUGUUUCAAAACGCCGUCAUGUACAACUCCUCGGACCACGACGUGUACCACAUGGCCCUGGAGAUGCAGCGUGACGUCCUGGAGCAUGUGCAGCAAUUUCUGGCCACGCAGCUGAUCAUGCAGACCUCCGAGAGCGCCAUCUCCGCCAAGAGUCUGAGAGGGAGGGAGGGGGUGAGGAAGCCCGGAGAGCCCCCAGAGAAGGAUGGGGGCACAAGGGGGCGUCGCAGUGCCAUGGAAGCAGAUUUGAAAAUGAAGAAGUAGAGUUCUCGCUGUGGCAAAACCAAAACUGGGCAAAAACCUGGGGCAUUCGCUGGUCAGUGACUCAUAUUGGUCUGUAGGGGGCGGUGUGGAGAUCUGCUCAGAAGGGUACAUCAGAUCGGCGUGUUCAGAUCUUAAGACAUGAAUAUUUACUAUUCUUUUUGUAUUUAGUCAUCGUCAUCCUACCUCAUGCUGGUUAGAAAUGGUCAAAUCUACGUAAAUUUUUUGUAGGACGUGAAGUUGCACUAUGUAACUUUUCCUGUGGGAGGUUUGCUACCUGCUUGUCUCCAUGGCGAUGUCAAUGCUUUGCCUGGAAUGUUCCGCAGUAUGGCAUUAAGUCUGUCUAUUCAGCAUGUAUUUAAUUACGGGUGUAUUUAUUGCUCAAAAAUAAAUCUGGGAAAACGUGCAUUCUUACUGUGAGCUAACUCGCCACUUCACAGAUCCGACAUGUAACUUGGCCUUAUUGUAUCACCUGCCUUUUUGCUUGUUUAAUGACUUAAGUAAAGGAAUAACAUCUCAGACCCCCCACUAGAAAGUUACAUAGUGCAGAUUUAAAAUAAUAAACUACUUAAAAGCAAUAAUCAUAAUAAUAAACGUGUUCCUUCUGGAAACCAAAACACACUGUAAACGGAUAAAACUCUUAGAAUGUCAAAUUAUAUCAGUUAUUGUGGAUUGUGGAUACAGUUGUUAUCAGUAAAAUGAACAUUUUAUUAGAAUUCGUUUAUGCCUUUAUCUGAAGCAACAGAUAUGUCAUGUUCAUGCAAAUUUUUAAACAUAUCUUGCAUAUCCAUUCGUUUCAGUGCCAUGAAAAAUUAAUAGUGUUGCCAUAGCAAUUAAUAAUUUAAAUGUAAUCCUUUAUGUUUUGAAUGGAGAAAGUCCUUGAAGUGUUGCUUAUAACAGGAAGCUGAAAUCCAACAAAUACUACCUAUAUAAAGGUGCACUGUGUAACUUUUCUGGAGAGGGUCUGCAACCUGUUUGUCUCCAUGGAGAUGUUAACACUUUGGUUUAAAUUGUCCACAGUAGGGCAUUUUUUCAACUACAAGUGUUACUUAUUGCUCAAAAAUGUCUUAAAAACAUGAAUUUUUACUGUAAGUGGGGGCUCCUCUCCACAAAUCUGACCUGUAAUUUCAUAAGUUUAUGGCCCUACUGUGGAACAUUCUAGGCACAUCUCCACAGAAACAAAAAAGAGACAGACCAUCCACCACACGUUACACACAACGCAUAAUUCCAAUUUAGUGGUAGAUUAGACAUCGUUUUAUGUACUUAAAUUGUGACCAGCUCUGAGUGACGCUGAUCUGAUGUAUCAAAAAACACUAGAGCUAUUGUUCAAUGGGUCUCCCGCCCUACUUCCUGUUUCAUUUUCACCAGCGAAGACCAUAGAGACCAUUAUCUUUCUGCUUAAAAUGAAAUAAAAAUAAAAAUGACUUAUUCACCAGCAACUAGAAGUUAACUAGUGAUGGAGUUGACUAUUAUUUAUAUCAUAGAUGCACCAAUACUGCCGCUUACUUGUGCUCCAUUGUGAAUGUACUUUCACUCACUGAUAACAGACAAAUAAAAGCUAAAAAAAAGUUACUUUGUAAACACAUUAACAAAUUUACAAAAAAUCUAUAGUAGUCACUGUUUUGGGCUUUCUGUAAAUUAAUGUUUAAUCUUAUUUACAAGUUAUUUAAUUUUAUAAUCAGAAUGGAUACAAAACAGCUUUAUAAUUCAAGUGGCAUUGUGCUUAUAGAGGUUAAAUACAGAGGUUAAAGACUAAAUAAUUGCCUUAUAACAGAAAAAUCGAAUUUGUUCCUCUUGAGUCUGAACUCUGCUCUGAACCACAACAUGCUUUUACUGACUGAGGAUUACCACAAUAUGUAGCAAUGUGUUUACUGCACUGAAAAACUAUGAGUGGGCUUGCAUCUCCACAAACCUGACUCUUAUUUGGCCUGGAAGAGGGCCGCCUCUUGUUCUGAAGUAUGGGUUUAAUGUUCUAUUUUGCUUAAAAAUCUGAAGCAUAUCAUUGCCAAUUGGAAAUUACGAUCUCUAUUACAAUUCUAGGAAAAACUUGAAAACUAGAAACCAUAGACUGUAUAGAUGCUUUCCAAAUAGGAAGUGAGUGUGGAUGCGCUUUCGGCUCCAUCGACUCUGGCUCCAGUUGACUUUACACUGAAAAAUUGUUACCCCACACUGUGUAACUGCUGCUGUGAGCCUCGUCAUUUUGGUCUUAAACUGUUCAUAUUAACUUGCUCUACAUGAUCCUGUUGUUUUUAUUUCACAGUUUUGUCCGUAAAUAAAUUCCUAUUUAUGAACUCAGCUCUAAAUUCACCCUGUAACUGUUGGCCUCGUGAGCUGAACCCUACAGGUGACGUCACACUCACUUUGUCCACUUUUUAUACAGUCUAUGCUAGGGUCCGAUACUCAAUCCAGCUGUUUUUUUCCAGACUGGUUCUUCUAUAGCCCUAUUAACUAUGAGAGCAGUUUAUGUGGCAGUGUUGGUGCAUCUGGACAUUUCAUUGUAGCUGUAGCUGAGUGUCUGUGUACAUAGGACCUGCCUGUGUAUGUGAUGUAGAGGAACAGUAGGUUUUGUAUCUGUGAUGGAUAAAGUUUGAUUUGAAUAGAGUUACUCAUGUUUCUGUUGUACAUUUGUUAAAUAAAAGAUUAUUCUUUUUGAGUCAAA